GUGCAUGGCCCGGUUCCGCGUGUAUACGGCGACAAAGGCCGGUGUGAAGCAGUCAACAAUGGCGAGAGCGUGAAUGAGCUACCUAGCAAACGACGUUCUUGUUAGUGUUAAUGUUGCAAAGUCCGGGCUGAACUUGUCGGUCCUCGCUGGUUCGUAACGCUCUUCCAACGAAGAUGGUGAAGGCGCGCGCAUGGCUCCAGCGCGAGACAGCCUCCAGCCUCGUCGAACAAGAACUGUUCGACCCCGCAGACCUCUCGGAUGCUCCAGCCACCGCUGAUAUGUUGCAGACGGUCGCUCGCCAACUGCUGAACAAGCGCCAGAUCAUUGUCUUCACCGGGGCAGGCAUCUCUACGGCUGCCGGCAUCUCCUGCUUUCAAGGCCCGUAUAACGCUAAUCCACAAGCACGGAUGAUGCUGGAAGCGUUUCAGCUUAACAAUUUUGAGAACGAUUUCUGGACCUUCAUCACAGAGCUGAGGCAGCAAUGCAAGGGGAAGAGGCCUACUGUCUUCCAUCGCAUGAUCGACGGCUUCUCGCAGCGCCAACAGCUGAAAUGGACGUUCACACAGAACAUUGACGGCCUUGAACGGCUUUGCGGCCAUCUGGGUGACAAGGUCACAUACCUACACGGUCGACUAGACCAACUUCGCUGUACAAAGAAUGCCGCCCACAAGACCGCGUUCGAAGCUCCCAACGGCGUAUACGGCGAAUGUCCGGUGUGCAUCGAGCUGAAGACAGAGCCUCCCGGGGACUCUGGGGACAUUGUGAAACCUCGUCGGUCAUCGCGUAUCCGGGAUCAAGUCGGUCGCUUACGGCCAGACAUCGUACUGUACGGCGAAGACACACCAGAAGCAGACAGCAUCGGCGAACAGAUUCGGAACAUGAAGCUCGCACCGCAAGCAGACGCGCUAAUCAUUGCUGGGACAAGCAUGACCAUCGCCGCCGCUCGGAAUGCUGUGGAGACACUCAAGGCCGGGCUUUCGGAGGGUAGUGAAGUUUUCUGGGUGAAUCUGCAGCGUGUCCCGAAGUCCAUCGAGCAUCUGAUAGACGUGCCACUUCUUACGUCGACUGAGCGGUUCGGUAACGCUGUGCUCGAUAUGUGGAGGCAGCAGAGUACGGCAGUAUAAACAACGUAUUCAGCAGAUCGAAGCGGCGGUGGCGCAGGUAGUUGCGAGUAUCUGUACCCACCCUAUGGCGUGUGGAAUUGCUCUCCAUCCGCAUCGGCUGUCGUUCUUGCGUCGAAGGACACAGAUUGGACUCUGUAUGUCCACCCAGAGGGUUGCCAUGUUCUAGCAUUUUUUGUCCAUA